AUGCCACAUCGCAGAAUGAUUCAACAACGGCAAGUCGAAUCUCGGUCCUCCACUUGCACUCUAAUGGACAUGGAUGACAUGAAGACAGCCAUAUCAACGCCAGCGGACGAACCAUCCCUCCCGAACCUGAUUCCAGACGACCUUUCCUUGUCUUCGGACUACUAUGAAUCCGAAGACGAAGAAAUGGUAGUAACGAGAAAAGUUACCUUCAAGAGCUCCUUGAAAAUGCGCAAGAUUGCGUCGCACCGCAAAUAUAGCAAGCAAGAGCGUGCGGCUACCUGGUAUUCGGCAGAAGAAUACAAAAAGCUGAGGGACUCUGCCUCUCGAACCGCCAAGAGAAUGGCACGGGGCUACUCGGUGGACAAGGACGGAAAGGAAAGCAGCCGUGGUCUGGAACACCGCAUUGCGGAAAGCCACAAGAUCCGUCAAACGAAACGAUUAGAUAUCAUCUGGACUGUUCUGGGUGAACAAGAGGAGAUGUUUGAGAAUGGUGAAGAGGUGGAUCAUGAACAGAUUGCUCAAAUAUAUUCCAUGUGUGCCAAGGACUGUGUGGCGGAAGCCCGAAAACGAGGCAUCGAAGAUGAACUUGCAGUCCGAGUACCAAAGGCUCCAGCAUUGCCUUCAUCGAAUGAUCCAGUCUUUACCAAUACCAAAAAGGCGGAUGACAUCAUGAGUCUGGUGGCUUCCUUGUCCAUGAAAGCUGCAAUGACAGUCCAAAGACGCUGA